AUGGAUCAUCAUGAAACAACUUCUGAUAGUAUUAACCUCAACCGUUUGUCGGUUGUAUCUGAAGAUGGAAGACAUGAUUCUGCCUUAACUAUUGAUGUUCUUGACAAAGUCAGCUCCAUUGUGGAGGCUGUGCAAGCCAGCCAAAGAAUUGAAGAACGUCACAGAGAAAUGGAGAAUGCCAUCAAGACUAUCCAUGAUCUCCUGAAACUUGCACAGGCUCACAGCAAUACUACCUACACUGUUAACAAACUACUUGAGAAGACCCGUAAAGUAAGCACCAAUGUGAAAGAUGUAAGAUCACGAGUAGAUAAACAGAGUGAUCAGGUCCAAAACGUAGAAUCCAAGCAAGAAGAGAUGCUGAGAAAGAACAAAUUCAGAGUUGUCAUUUUUCAGGAAGAUAUCCAGUGCCCUACUAAAGUGAGCAUUGCUAAGGAAUCAUCAUUAGAUGGGCUUUUAAGGGAUAAACUUUACCCCCCUAAUGACCUCUCUUCUGAUGAGGAAUAUGAAGUUCCAGAGUCCAGGUCCUCUCGACUGAAAAAAUCUGGCAAAGAGCGCAUUGAUAAUAUCAAAAAAGCAUUUUCUAAGGAAAACAUGCAGAAAACUAAACAAAGUUUUGGAAAGAAAGUAAACCGUAUGCGCACCAGAAUAGUGACUCCAGAAAGGAGAGAGAGAAUAAGGCAGUCUGGUGAGAGGCUUAAACAGUCUGGAGAAAGAUUCAAGCAGUCCAUAGCAAAGGCAGCACCCAAUAAAGAAACAUUUAAACUCAAGAAGAAAGAAAAACAGCGCACCACAGCGGAAGGCCAAGAAGGUGAGAAAGAGGAUGCUCAAUCUGUCUCAGAGGGUCCCUUAGUUGAGCCCAUCUCAGAAGUCACCUACACUGAAGUGGUCACUAUAAAAAAGAAGAAGAAAAAGAAUGAAGAUAAGGCAGAACUUUUGCCAGAUCAAGAAGAGGAGAAACCCGCUCCAGUUUCAGAAAAACCUUUGCUGAAACUGGAAACAAAAUUAGGUGCAGAGGAGACCCCACUUGUAGACAUCAAGCUGUCAUAGACGAAGAACUUGAAAGGAAUAGUUUGCAUUACAUUUCUAACAUGCCCCACUAGGUGUGUGUCUUCAAGCAGUUAAAAGACAGUGGUGCUCUAUAAGUCUGCCCAAAUAUUGUAAUACUGCUAUUGUAUGCCAAUAGAUUAAUCCAUACUUUAUGAUA